GGAGCCCUGAUGUCCUCUUCCCCUUCCUGCAUAUGGGCAGUCUGGAAGGCCUGGUGUGGAGACUGGGAGAAUUGCCGCUUUUGCCUUUUUUGGGGAGAACCAAGAGACUAGGGUGGUGAAGGGAGCUCGGACAGAGUCACAUGAGACCAUAACUCCAAAAGGAGCUGAGGUUGGGGUUGGGGGAGGCUGGCUCUGUGGCAUCUGAAGGGCGUGAGCUUGUUCUUUGUGGUCCAGUAAGUAGCGGGAAGGGGAAGAAGAGAGUGUAUGAAGAUUUUUUGGGCAGAUGAGACAUUCUAAGAUGGAAAGGGCUGCCAAGGAGUUAGGGAGCCCUCUGACCCUGGAAUAUGUGAGCACUCUGGGGAGGGGCAUGGCAAAGCAUCAGAGGCUUCCCAGAAACAAAUCUCUGGAUGGGAUGAGAGAUUGUCCAGGCCUCAAGGUCCCUGCUGCCCUGCUUCCAGCCUGGGGUGGAAGAGUGCAGUAGAGUGCAUGGGAUCCUGCCUCCCCACCUCCUCCUCCAGCUUCCUAGCAGAACCUGAUAGGGGAAUCCCUGGACUAGAAUGGGAAAAAGAUCCUUGAUGACCUAAAGGCUGUGUGGUCCAAGCAGCCCUUGGGGCUUGGACCCCUUCAGCAGCCAUCUCAGUUGGACCAUCCCACUUCACCAUCCUAUGUCCUAUUCCAGCGCUGCUGCUGGUAAGUGGUAUGACCGUUGGCAAAUCGCCUAACCUCUUUUGCAUCCUCAUCAGUAUCCGCGCCCCAAGGAUGAGGGCAAUAAUAGCACCUCUCUCGUUGGGUGAUGCCUGUGAAGUGUUGGCAGGAGUUGCUGGUCCAUGCUAAAUCAUCAGUAAAUAACUCUUAUUAUUUAUUAUUAUUAUUUAUUUAUUUUUGGCUGUGUUGGGUCUUCAUUUCUGUGCGAGGGCUUUCCCUAGCUGUGGCAAGCGGGGGCCACUCUUCAUCGCGAUGCGCGGGCCUCUCACUAUCGUGGCCUCUCUUGUUGCGGAGCACAGGCUCCAGACGCGCAGGCUCAGUAAUUGUGGCUCACGGGCCCAGUCGCUCCGCGGCAUGUGGGAUCCUCCCAGACCAGGGCACGAAACCGCAUCCCCUGCAUUGGCAGGCGGAUUCUCAACCACUGCGCCACCAGGGAAGCCCCAACUCUUAUUAUUAUUUCAAUACUGCACAGUGGUAACAGGGAUUCAUUCAUUCGGUCAGUCAUUCAUUCAACAAAUAUUUAUUAAGUCUUCCUUCAUACCAGGCACUGUGCUAAUACUGGGGAUACAGAAAUAAAUAUAACAGAUGAGGUCUCAGCGCUCGUGGGCAGACAGGGAGAGACUGACAGGGAAAUAACAAUAACAAGAGGGCUGGUUUAGAUAGGUGGUUGGGGAAGGCUUCUGCAGGAAUUGGCCUGUGAGUUGAAAGACCCAGUCAGCCUGGGGAAGAGGUAGGUAGAGUUCAGGCAGAAGGCCCUGAGGAGAAUGGGCUUAGCUGGGUGCCUUCAAGGAAUGGAAAGGAGGGUGUGGUGUGAUCCCUGGAAGAAGGUUCAAGAGUUAGUCCAGGGCACAUCCUAGAGCCCGCAGUGAGGGGCUGGGGUUUUAUUCUAAGUGGCUCUAAACUAAAGGGGUCUAAGCAGCGAUGGAUGAGCUGUGCAUUUAAGAGGCACACUCUGCCCAUCUGUGAGGGCUAGACUGGAGACCAGAGAUGACCAUUAACAUCCAAAGAGCCAUUUUAUGGUUUUCAAAGCUUUUACAUUGUCUCACCGCUUACUUUAUGUACACAUUUAGUUUUAUUGUAACAAAGCAACUUGUACACGUUUAACGUUUAAAACUGAGCAUCAUCUUUCCUUUCCAGUGAAGCAAAAAGAAAAAUUUUUAAAUAAACAGGAACAGAAUUACAAUAGAGAAUGUCAAUUGCAAAUAAGAUCCUAUAGGCUCUGCUGAUUCUCCCAUCCAGUGGCAGGGCUCAAGUCAUCAUUAGGAGAGAAUUUUUAUUUUAAAAGUGUCAUCUUAAACUGCAAGGAUGUCCGCUAAACAUCACAAUUAAACAUGCCAAAGGAGAAGCCAUGUUGUCAAAGUGCCCACUGAACCCACCCAAACGUCUCAAACCCACCCUCUGCUGACCUUCUAUAACCCCAUUUAUUUAAGUUUGUUUUUUCUUUUUUUAAACAAGAGAAAGUAGACAGAUACAUGUUGGUGAAUGCUAACUGUCCAUAUUCACAUAGAGAUACAGUGUAAUCUCUGAGCCCAAUAUACAGAGAAAGGAGGCAAAAAGCUAGAAUUCUAUGCACUACUACACAGGGGCCUAGCACCCUCCAGCGUCCAGCAGAGCUAAGGGAGCAGAAGGUUUUUCUUUUUUCCCACAGAGCAUGGUGGUGUUGAUUCCAUAAAGUUUUUAUUGAGACAGGAAGGGAUAAAAAUGAAUUUGGAACAGAAAGGGGUAGAGAUUCUUUUCCCACUGAGUUGUGCUCAAGGUGUUUCCCCAAAAAAUAAGUUGUGAGCCAUGGUAUAAAGGAGAAAAGAGACCUCAAAAACAGGGCGACUGAGCACAAGAGGAGGAGAAAAAAGAAAAAAAAAAAAAAAGACUGCAACUUGCUCCCGGGGACUGGAGAAAAUUCAAAAAGGAAGGUUGGAAUCCAUCAGUGUUCCAUUCGUCAUCUUCUCCUUCGUCUUCCUCUCCUUCCUCCCCCUCUUCAUCCUCUUCAUCUUCUUCACCUUCAUCCGCAUCCCCUUCUUCAUCAGUAUCUUCCGAUCCUUCUUCUUCAUCAUCAUCAUCAUCAUCUUCUUCUCCUCCCCCUUCCUCAUCAUCCGUGUCCGGAACCAAGUAGCACUAUAAUGGAUUUGGCCAAAUAUCCUCUUUGAUGACCUCUCCUAACUCAUCUGCACCUUUCCGGAUUUCCAUUUGAUUUCAGUGGACUUUGAAGAUGGAUCACCACUCUCAUUCAGAUGAAAUUCUUUGGAGGGAACUUUAUUUUCAAAAAAGGAAGGCAGAAGAAGCCACGGCCGCUAGACCCCGGUGAGGGCUCCAAGGACACAGACAGUUCAGCUGGGCGGCGGGGCGGCGCAGGCAGAAAGCAUGGGCGCUGGCGGGGCCGUGCUGAGAGCCCCGGCAUGCCCGUGGCCAAGGUGGUACGGGCAGUAACCAGCCGGCACAGAACCAGCCGGCGGAUCCCCCCCACCCCGCCCCCAGAGGCCCCAGGCCGCCAGAACCUGAGUGGGGCAGCGGCCGGGGAGGCGCUGGCUGGGGCAGCUGGCUUCCCACAUGGAGACACAGGGAGUGUGGAGGGCGCCCCCCAGCCCACAGACAACAGCUUCACGCCCAAGUGCGAGAUCGUGGGCAAGGAUGCUCUGUCUGCCCUGGCCCGGGCCAGCUCCAAGCAGUGCCAGCAGGAGAUUGCCAACGUGGUGUGCCUGCACCAGGCCGGGAGCCUCAUGCCCAAGGCUGUGCCCCGGCACUGCCAGCGGGCUGGGAGGAUGAGCCCCGGCAUCCAGUGGGACGACGUUCGGGCCCAGCAGCCCGUGGAUGGCCCCCCAGUACGAAUCGCCUACAUGCUGGUGGUCCAUGGCCGCGCCAUCCGCCAGCUGAAGCGUCUCCUCAAGGCUGUCUACCACGAGCAGCACUUCUUCUAUAUCCACGUGGACAAGCGCUCCAACUACCUGCACCGAGAGGUGGUAGAGCUGGCCCGGCAGUAUGAUAACGUGCGGGUGACGCCCUGGCGCAUGGUCACCAUCUGGGGCGGGGCCAGCCUGCUGAGGAUGUAUCUGCGGAGCAUGCAGGACCUGCUGGAGGUGCCCGACUGGGCCUGGGACUUCUUCAUCAACCUCAGUGCCACUGACUACCCGACCAGGACCAACGAGGAGCUGGUAGCUUUCCUGUCCAAGAACCGGGACAAGAAUUUCCUCAAGUCGCAUGGCCGGGACAACUCCAGGUUCAUCAAGAAACAGGGCCUGGACCGGCUGUUCCAUGAGUGCGAUUCGCACAUGUGGCGUCUGGGCGAGCGGCAGAUCCCAGCGGGCAUCGUGGUGGAUGGCGGCUCUGACUGGUUCGUGCUAACGCGCAGCUUUGUGGAGUAUGUGGUGUACACAGACGACCCACUUGUGGCCCAGCUACGUCAGUUCUACACGUACACGCUGCUCCCAGCCGAGUCCUUCUUCCACACGGUGCUGGAGAACAGCCCAGCCUGCGAGAGCCUCGUGGACAACAACCUGCGGGUCACCAACUGGAACCGCAAGCUGGGCUGCAAAUGCCAGUACAAGCACAUCGUGGACUGGUGCGGCUGCUCCCCCAACGACUUCAAGCCGCAGGACUUCCUACGGCUGCAGCAAGUCUCCAGACCCACCUUCUUCGCCCGGAAGUUUGAGUCAACUGUGAACCAGGAGGUACUGGAAAUCCUGGACUUCCACCUAUAUGGCAGCUACCCCCCCGGCACUCCAGCCCUCAAGGCCUACUGGGAGAACACCUAUGACGUGGCCGAUGGCCCCAGUGGGCUCAGUGAUGUCAUGCUCACUGCUUACACCGCUUUCGCCCGCCUCAGCCUGCGCCACGCCGCCACCGCUGCAUCCCCACUGGCCCACCCACUCUGCAGGUUUGAGCCCAGGGGCUUGCCGUCCAGCGUGCACCUGUAUUUCUAUGACGACCAUUUCCAGGGCUACUUGGUGACGCAGGCGGUGCAGCCCUCAGCCCAGGGGCCGGCAGAGACGCUUGAGAUGUGGCUGAUGCCCCAGGGGUCGCUGAAGCUGUUGGGGCGCAGUGACCAGGCCAGCCGGCUCCAGAGUUUGGAGGUUGGCACGGAGUGGGACCCCAAAGAGCGUCUUUUCCGGAACUUUGGGGGGUUGCUGGGGCCGCUGGACGAGCCUGUGGCCAUGCAGCGCUGGGCCCGAGGCCCCAACCUCACAGCCACUGUGGUGUGGAUCGAUCCCACCUAUGUGGUGGCUACGUCUUACGACAUCGUGGUAGACGCGGAAACCGAGGUCACGCAGUACAAGCCCCCACUGAGCCGGCCCCUGCGGCCAGGGGCCUGGACUGUUCGACUGCUUCAGUUCUGGGAACCCCUGGGUGAGACCCGCUUCCUCGUGCUGCCCUUGACCUUCAACCGCAAACUACCUCUCAGGAAAGAUGACGCCAGCUGGCUGCACGCUGGGCCACCCCACAACGAGUAUAUGGAGCAGAGUUUCCAGGGACUCAGCGGCAUCCUGAACCUGCCUCAGCCAGAGCCCGCAGAGGAGGCUGCCCGGCUGCAUGUGGAGCUCACGGGCCCUGCGCUGGAGGCCUGGACAGAUGGGGAACUAGGUGGCUUCUGGUCUGUGGCCGGACUGUGUGCCAUGGGCCCCUCUACCUGUUCCUCCCUGGAGCUCUGCAGACUGACCAGCUGGAGCUCUCUGUUCCCCGACCCCAAAUCAGAGCUGGGGCCUGUCAAAGCAGAUGGACGACUCAGGUAGCAGGGUCCCAGCCAGCGCCUCCGGAAGACCCGGGGAAUUGCACCUUACAGACGAUGGAGGGAUGUCCCCUUCAUAUGCAAGAACCAGAGGCCCAGGCAGUACACCUGUGUCAGCCAUCAAGAACCUGUAGACGGCAGGGAAGUUGGGCUUAGUAUUUACCACCGCAAAUGGCUCUGCCAGGGACCAGGAUGUUGCAGGAACAUGGGGAGAAGGGCUCCAGCUUCCACAGCCCACUCUUCCUCACCUUCCCCUCUAAUUUUUUUUUUUUUUUUUUU